AGAGACAGCUCCAGAGUCAGCCCCAGCAAGAUCCAGCCUGCAGUACUGACACUGACACCAGCAGGACACCACCGCAGCAGCAGCAUGAAUGACAACACCAGACAGAAAUAGAAUCUUCUCCAUCGUGCAAUGCCAUAAAUCGCUGCUGCCUGCCUGCCCAUCCUGGCCAGCAGCUGUGGCUCCCUCCCUCCCUCCCUUCCUGUGUUUCUCCUCAGUGCUAAUGGACGCUAGUCUUCAGCCAAGCUGCGUGUGGAGAGAGGGAGAAGGCUACUGUCGGAUGGUGUUUGAUGGUGACCCUUGUCUGUUUAAUUGUUUCUAGAUAAAUCUCCAUCUGACUGGUUGGAUGAGAAAUUGGAAUGUACAAAAAUCACAUAAAAGACACCAACAACAACUACAAUAAAAGCCUUCUCCCUGACCAUAAGGAGAAGCUGAUCCAGGCUAUUAAAAGAAUAAAGCAUGAGGUAGACGAGUGCUGGGAGGCAGAGAGAGAGACGUACAUAUGGUCUAUUGAUGUUGAGAGAUGUUUUGAUAAUCUGGAACGGGAGGUCCGAGCUGAGUUCCAGAACCUCCAUCGCUUCCUGGACGAAGAGGAGACCAUGGACAUGGAGCGACUGAAGAAGGAGAAAGAGAAGAGGGUGAAGCUGCUUAGGGAGAGAGAGAAGAAGAUCGCCAUGCAGGGAAGAGAUCUGGAGAGAGGCAUUGCCACGCUAAACAACAAACUGGCCGAGGAGGAUAGUCCCAAACUGCUUAAAGAGAUUCAAGACCUCUUGAAAAGGUCCCAGGUGGCUUUCAUACCCCCUCCGCAGGUGGAUGUGGAGGUGCGAUCAGCACACUUUGUGGGCCCAUCCAGUACAGGAUAUGAACACAUGAAGAGCUGCUGUACCCAAGAGGACAAAGUUAUCCCCAAGGCCUCGGAGGAGGAGCAGCCACCCAACCCCCGCUGCUUCCACUACUACUACAGUGUCAUGGGCCGAGAAGGCUUCAUCACCGGACGCCAUUACUGGGAGGUGGAGGUGGGCRGCAAGACAGCGUGGCGGCUGGGUGUGGCCAGGGAGGACGUCCACKGGGGGGAGAUGGACUCCAGRGGGACCAGUAYCGGUCUCUGGACCCUAUCCCUGAAGGGAGGGGCCAUCUUGGCCUGUACAGACCCCAAACCCARCAAGGUCCRGGUGUCCAUCAYGCCCGUCCGGAUCGGAGUGUUCUUAGACUGUGAGAAGGAGGAAGUAGCGUUCUAUAACGCUGUUACCAUGACGCCYCUGUACACAUUCUCCAUGGAAACGGUGUUCGUUCCYCUGAUCCCCUUCUAUAACCCGUGUGACACYGARGAUGGGAGGAACCUGGGUCCCCUAAASCUCUUCAGCCCCUCUAUAUGA